UAUAGGUGAAGAGAGAGAAAGAGAGAGAAUAUAAAAUCUAGCUAUAACUAUAGGUGUGUAGAAAGAAACAUAUUGAAAUCUAUACAUGCAGAAUCUAAUCAAUCCAGCUAGGCAAACAGCAUGAUCUGCUUAUAUAAAAACAUCAAUUGGGCAUUACAUCUUUCAUUUCUUCCGGGAUUUGCAAAAUCAAACAGCUAGCUUAUACCUUCAUAAUAAUGGAUACUACUAAUGGAUCUUCUUCUUCUUCUUCAUCAUCAAGAAAAGGAAAGAAGAGCAAUGUUUCAUCAGAAAAUAGUAAAGCAAGAAAACAACCUCAAAGAGGACUUGGUGUUGCUCAGUUAGAGAAAAUCAGAAUAUUACAUUCUCAAUUGCAUCAUCAUCACCAACCACCUCCUCCUUAUUUCAACUACAAUGAAGAUCCAAGAUUACUGCAAACACCAUCAUACUCACAUAAUUCAUAUACUUUCCAACCUCACACUAUGAACAUAUCUGAAUAUGAAAGAUCAAACAUCAGAUAUGAAGAUUCUCAUCAACCAAACAGAUGGCAACAUGGCAAUGUCAACCACUACUCUCCUCCUCAAACAAACACAACUCAACCGUAUCUAAAUCUAUAUGACACACAAGAGAUAGGUAUGCAUAGAAGUGAUUCUUUGGAUUUGGAAUCGAGUAAGACUCAAGAGCCAGAUUUGGAGCUCAGAUUAUCUCUCUAUUAAUUCAUUUCUCAUUCUAUAUUUAAACAUUUUUAUUUACAAUUCAAAUCAUUGUAAAAGAACAUGUGUUUUGUUUUACAGUUUCAACUGCUGGAAUUUUAAAGGGAUAGCCAAUAGACAAAGACAUUGCACAAAAAUAUUAAUGUAGUAUAUAUAUUUACAUGUGUGAUUCAUAAAAAACAUUGUACCUUUAUAUCCAUGAGAAUCGAUGAAAGAGCAAAUAUGAGAGGAUAACUAUCAUAUAUGUUAGUAAUGUCUAUUGGAGUAGCUAUUUAAUAUUUAAA